UCUGCUCUGCGUCGCGUCUGCGUUAGUUUUCUUCCAAACUGGUAUGCAGUCUUCAUCAGAAAACGUAUGUAGUUUUGCGCUUUAGAAGAGUUUUCACAAGUUUGUUCUUUCGUUGGACUUGCAUUUGUGUUUUAAAUAAUUUUUGUAAUUUAUUUUUUGAAGAUCAUCUUUCUUUUUUUUGUGUUAUGAAAAACAUGACUGGAGUUUUUGACAGCAUCGGUACAGAUAUGCAUUCACACCAGAUUACCUCCAGCAGUUACCACAGUCUGCACAAAUCCCAGGAAUCGCCGACUCUACCGGUCUCAACCGCCACCGACAGCAGCUACUAUAAUAAUGACCAGCAGGCCGGACAGUGCGCCGGCUCUCCAUACGGCCAGAUCAGCUCUUACCAGUACCAGAACAACAGCAUGAACAGCGUCCAGUACAACACCAAGUCAUAUGAGCUGGGUUUUGGCAACGCGUUUGGCACCUACAGCACGUACGGCCCCUGCUCCUCACCAACUCCUGCGGAAGCUGAAAAAGAAGAAGGUGAACCUGAAAUCCGAAUGGUUAAUGGAAAGCCAAAGAAGGUCAGAAAACCUCGAACUAUUUACUCGAGUUUCCAGCUGGCGGCCCUGCAGAGGAGGUUUCAGAAGACUCAGUAUCUGGCCCUGCCCGAGAGAGCCGAACUGGCCGCAUCUAUGGGCCUCACGCAAACACAGGUAAAAAUCUGGUUCCAGAAUCGUCGUUCAAAGUUCAAGAAGUUGUGGAAAAAUGGAGAAAUCCCACACGAGCAGCAUGCGGUCUCCUGCGAGUCUCCACCUCAGCACUCGCCGCCUCUCAACACGGCCUGGGACUUCACUCACAAUCCGAGAAUGAACACUGUAAACUCGGCCUUGCCCCAGAGCAACAGCCCUCCGAACACAACGACCCCUUCCUUCCUGACAAACUACCCCUGGUACUCAUCCACGAACUCUGCGACCCAUCUACAGCUACAUCACCACAACACAACUGUCAGCUCUGGGACCAUAUUUUGACUCAAAUGACUGUUAAAAAAUCUGGGGAAUUAAUUUUGUAAACAUACAAAUUAAAUGACUUUUAAGCCUGUUUUCCAAUCUGACUGGUGAGACGUCCUCGCCCUUGCCACGUUGAUCAUUGCUAGUGCGUUUUUGCGCGCAACUCUGUUGGCUUUCAUGCAGGCACAAACUAAAAUAUCAAACAGAUUAAAUUAUUUUUGUAUUUAUUUCUUUUCAUUCUAGGAUGGUCCAUAAAUGGAUAUAAACCAAUUGUUCAGUGAACCACUAUUAUCCAAAGCCUAGAGAUCUCAUGUGGACAUUGUUGGAGAGACAAUUGCAGCAGGGUGUAUAAUACUAUUCAGAGCACAUGUAGCACAACGUAAAGCUGUUUGGUGCCUUUCAAAAAACUCAUCAUUGUCCUUAUUCCCUGUAAAUGUGUUGUAUGUGCCCGUCUUUGAUUUCAUACAUUUUGUUUGUUUUAUAUUUAGUACAUACGGUAAGUUGAAAAUAUUGUCUCCAUCUCUGUACUUGUGUGUUGUACAGCGUCUUCUUAUUCAUUUUGCCUUCUAGGAUAUCAUAUAGGGUUCUCAUUGUUUUUCAAAUAUUGUAGACAAAACGCUAAUGAAAACCACUCGCAAGCUACUGAUUGUAAAAAGUUCAUGUGUAUCAGGAUGUUUUCGUUUGAUUUAUUUAUUAACCCGAAUGGACAGUUCAUGCCACUAGAUUCAAACUUAUUUAAAUAAAA